AGCCAUGAGGAAGCGGUACAUGGUGCUGGCCCUGCUGGCUGCUGUGGCCCUGGUGCUCCUCAUCAUCGGCCUCUGCCUCUGGCUGCCCUCCUCCGGGCAACUCACCCAUGUGUACUCCAGGGCAGCCGUGGCCGCGGACGCCAAGCAGUGCUCGGAGAUCGGGAGGGAUGUGCUGCAGGAGGGUGGCUCAGCGGUGGACGCUGCCAUCGCGGCCCUGCUGUGCGUGGGGCUCAUGAACGCCCACAGCAUGGGCAUUGGGGGCGGCCUGUUCUUCACCAUCUACGACAGCACCACACAAAAAGCUGAGAUCAUCAAUGCCCGAGAGGUGGCCCCUGGGCUGGCCUACGCCAGCAUGUUCAACAGCUCGCAGCAGUCACAGGAAGGGGGGCUGUCAGUGGCGGUUCCUGGUGAGAUCCGAGGCUAUGAGCUGGCGCACCAGCGGCACGGGAGGCUGCCCUGGGCCCGCCUCUUCCAGCCUAGCAUCCAGCUGGCCCGCCAGGGCUUCCCUGUGGGAAGGGCCUUGGCAGCAGCCCUGGAGAGAAAUCAGGCUGCCAUUGAGCGGCACCCCACGCUGUGCGAGGUGUUCUGCCGGAAUGGGAAGGUGCUGCAGGAGGGGGACACAGUGACUAUGUCGAAGCUGGCUGACACAUACGAGACGCUGGCCUUUGAGGGUGCCAAGGCCUUCUACAACGGGAGCCUCACAGCCCAGAUUGUCAAGGACAUCCAGGAGACUGGGGGCAUUGUGACAGCCGAGGACCUGAACAACUACCGUGCAGAGCUGAUCGAGGACCCACUGAGCAUCAGCCUUGGGGACGCCCAGCUCUAUAUGCCCAGCGCCCCGCUCAGUGGGCCCGUGCUGGCCCUCAUCCUCAACAUCCUCAAAGGGUACAACUUCUCCCCGGAGAGCGUGGAGACACCUGAGAAGAAGGGCCUGACCUAUCACCGCAUCGUGGAGGCCUUCCGGUUCGCCUAUGCCAAGAGGACCCUGCUUGGGGACCCCAAGUUCGUUGAUGUGACUGAGGUGAUCCACAACAUGAGCUCCGAGUUCUUUGCCGCCCAGCUCCGGGCCCGGAUCUCUGACGACACCACUCACCCGACCUCCUACUACGAGCCUGAGUUCUACGCACCGGACGACGGGGGUACCGCCCACCUGUCCGUGGUCGCGGAGGACGGCAGUGCCGUGUCGGCCACCAGCACCAUCAACCUCUACUUCGGUUCCAAGGUGCAAUCACUGGUCAGCGGGAUCCUGUUCAAUGACGAGAUGGAUGAUUUCAGCUCCCCCAACAUCAUCAACGAGUUUGGGGUGCCCCCCUCACCGGCCAACUUCAUCGAGCCAGGGAAGCAGCCACUCUCAUCCAUGUGCCCGGCGAUCAUUGUAGGCCGGGAUGGCCAGGUCCGCAUGGUGGUGGGUGCUGCUGGGGGCACGCAGAUCACCACGGCCACUGCGCUGGCCAUUAUCCACAGCCUGUGGUUCGGCUAUGACGUGAAGCGGGCAGUGGAAGAGCCCCGGCUGCACAACCAGCUUCUGCCCAACACCACAACGCUGGAAAAGGACAUUGAUGAGGCAGUGGUUGCAGCCCUGAAGACCCGGCAUCACUACACAGAGGUCACUUCCACCUUCAUCGCUGUGGUGCAGGCCAUCGUCCACACGGCCAGUGGCUGGGCAGCUGCUUCAGACUCCAGGAAAGGCGGGGAGCCUGCUGGCUACUGAGUACUCAGGGUGGGCGAGGCUGACUGGCAACCCAGGGAUGAGAUGCCCACCAGGGCUGGGAGUGGGACUCUGGGGGACUUGCUUCCCCUGUGAGUGGCAAAGCAGUGCAAUAAACGAGGGCCACAGCGCCA